GCAAGCUGCUGGUGUUGCCAUGAUGAUGAUGAUGAUGAGAUGAUACCCCCGCCCCCUCCCACCCACACUGGAGAAAAGGAUGGCUUGAGGCUGGAAAACACACACACGCUGCUCGACCGCAUCGCACUUCAAUAUGGGCAACAUCCACCACGGCAGGUAACGCCUUCUCCUACGUGGCGUGACAUCAAAAGUGGCAGCCAUGUUUGAAUUUGUGCACUGCAAGUAGCGGAGACGUCGCUUGACCGCCAAGCCCUCCCCUGCAAGGGGGGCGUGUCCAAAGGUUAGCAUUGGCAGAUGGAGGCGCAGCAACACUCCCCUGAAAGCAGCAGUGAGGAGUGCACCGUCCUGGAGGCUCCGCCCACUAAAGACACCUGCCCGCAACACGGCGGCAAGGUGUUUGACUAUUGUUGUGUGUGCGCAUGCGCGUUGUGCGACGAGUGCGUGCAUGAUCACAAAGAGCACGCCAGGACGCCGAUAGGCCAUGCCCUGGAACAACACCGCAACACCUUGCAGGCCAAGCAAACAGCCGCACAUGAUAGACUUCCGCAAAUUUCGGACGCCGUGGUCCUGGUCAGAGAGAUGGUGCAGCAGCUGACCAAUCAAAGGGCUGCCAUCGAAGAGGACAUUGUAGGCAGCUUUGAGGACCUCCACAGGCAGCUGGACGUGAGGAAAAGUGUUCUUCUCAUGGAGCUGGAGGUCACCUUCGGACUCAAGCAGAAGGUUCUCCAGGCUCAGCUGGAGAGCCUCCUGCAGGGAGAGAGCGCUGUGUCGUCUGCCUGUACACGUGCGGAGGACACCUUGGCGACGGAAGCGUGUAGCGGCAGCUUGGAGGCGGAGCUGGAGCUCAAGGAUAAGCUGGAGGAGUUGGUCGGGUGUCACUUUCCGUGUCAGCCGGAAGAGAACGACCAGCUGGAUCUGGUCCUGGAGACAGACGGCCUCAGAAAGUGGAUCCACAACUUGGGGACCAUCGUGACCACCAGUGCUGUGGCUAGCCAGAGCGAGGCCAUGGGUGCCGGCCUGGAGCAGUGUAUUGUGGGACUUCCUGCCUCUGUUACCAUAGUAACAAGAGACAAGUCAGGAGGCGCCUGCAAGAGUGGCAACGCCAUCUUGUCAGCCGAGGUUGUCCUCACGUCUGUGCACCAAUCUAACGCCAAAAGCAAAGUUGUAGGCGAGGCUGACCUCUUCUUCCCGCAGGUCUUCACCCCUGAUGGCAGCAUCGUAGACGGCGAGAUGGUGGACCGCAAGAACGGAACUUAUGAGUUUGUCUACGUUGUACCCAAAGAGGGCGAGUUCUCAUUGGCUCUGCGCCUAUACGACCAACACAUCAAAGGAAGUCCCUUUAAGCUGAGCGUGAGCAGACCACAGGUAUCACCCUCAUCCGCCACGGUAAACGCCACACCGUCCACAGGUUCCUCCGAGGGCGCCAAGAGGCGGGGCAAGUCCCCUGGCCAGAAGAAGAAGGGCUCUAAGAGGGCCAGCAGCGCCCUGGGAACGCCACGUCGCAAAACCCAGAACCCCAUCGAAGACGACCUCAUCUUUCGAAUCGGAACCAAGGGCAGGAACAAAGGAGAGUUCACGAACCUGCAAGGAGUCGCCGCGGCGUCAGACGGGAAUAUCCUCAUUGCUGAUAGCAACAACCAGUGUGUGCAGAUUUUUUCCAACCAGGGAGAAUUCAGAAGUCGGUUUGGCGUACGCGGGCGGUCGGCAGGGCAACUGCAGCGCCCCACCGGCGUGGCUGUGCACCCCAGCGGUGACAUCAUCAUCGCCGACUAUGACAACAAGUGGGUCAGCAUCUUCUCCAGUGACGGCAAGUUCAAGGCCAAACUGGGCUCGGGCAGGCUGAUGGGACCCAAAGGCGUGACGGUGGACCGUAACGGUCAUGUGAUUGUGGUGGACAACAAAGCAUGCACAGUGUUCAUCUUCCAGCUGAGUGGCAAGCUCAUCACCAAAUUCGGGAGCCGCGGAAACGGCGACAAGCAGUUUGCAGGUCCACACUUUGCCGCCAUCAAUGAGAACAACGAGAUCAUUGUGAGCGACUUCCACAACCACUCUGUCAAGGUUUUCACGCCAGAAGGAGAACUGCUCCUCAAGUUUGGCUCUAACGGUGAGGGCAACGGACAGUUCAACGCUCCCACUGGUGUGGCCGUGGACAUGAACGGGAACAUCAUCGUGGCUGACUGGGGCAAUAGUAGGAUACAGGUGUUUGACGGCAGCGGGUCUUUCCUGUCUUACAUCAACACAUCUGCUGACCCGCUGUACGGGCCGCAGGGGUUGGCCCUGACGGAUGACGGACACGUGGUGGUGGCGGACUCAGGAAACCACUGCUUCAAAGUGUACCGGUACCUGCAGUGAUGGAGGUCCGGGUGAGGUCAGUUGAUGUCCCUGAGAUGCGGACGUCUGCGAGACAAUUUGAUGUCAUUUUGUAAGAGAGGGAGUUUUUUUCUGUACGUAACCUGCCAGCCUCCAGGGGGCAGCGUAGCAGCGGUAAAUGCUAACUUCCUUAGCAUGAAGGUGAAGCUGUAACUGCUACAUGGGCUGUGUUUGAGUUGGUGCACUUCUGUACUUACACUUUAAUGCAUAAUUAGGAAUAAUUAGCUUAAUUAGCAUAAUUAGCUUCAGUCGCGUCCAAAUGCUUCAACACAGAAACAAUCCAAAAACCAAACACACACACAAAGUAGCUCAAUCUGAUCUAUUUCGGACAGCAGUACACAGUAUACUUAUUAAAGCAGGGGUCUCAAACACGCGGCCCGCGGGCCAAAUGUGGGCCGCAGGACACUAGUUUGAGGCCCCCGCCUUGAUAUGAAAGUUAGUGCGGCCCGCGCAAGUUUGAUAUGGAUGCUGUAUGGUAUCAUGUACCCAGAAAAAAAUAUUACGUUUGAUUAAUGUUCAUGCUAAAGGUUAAAUAACAAACUGUUAAAUAAUAGUUAUCCUCCCUAUCCGUGUGGAAGUGGUAAGUUUUUGGCUUUUUAAGUUUAAAGGAAAUAACUUGGAGGCUACUGUUUAGGUCGCUAGAUCUCUAGUUUGCGAGUUAGCAUGUGUCUCAAGACAUUAUUAUUAUAUUCAUUUAUUACUGAUUGAUUGAUUUUCUUUAUUCUUGAUCUUAUUUUGUGUAGAAAAAUAAAAAAUAAGAUAUUUGAGAACAGUGGAAUGUUUUAUCAGAGCUUUUCUUGUAGAAAAUCGGAACCAAAGCAAAGUUUAUUCAUUUUUCUGUUUUUAAUAAAUGCGUUUUUAUUUUUUUUGGAAAACCUGAUGCGGCCCAGCCUCGCCCAGACCGUAGCUCCAGUGGCCCCCAUGUAAAUUGAGUUUGAGACCCCCGUAUUAAAGUGUAACUACGGAAGUGCAUAAAUGAAACACAGCCAUGGACUCACUGAGGACCCCUGUGGAACAACAGUGUAUUACGAAUGAGCCUGACCAAAUGUAGAAUGAAUGAGUUUUAUGCAGGAAAUGUGGAAUAAUAACUACAAUGUGUGCACAAUGAUUAGUCAUGUUGGAUUUUUAAGGAUUGACAUGACCUUGACAUUGCUCCGUUAGUCUUGAUGCUUCCAUUGUGUGUUGUUGAGUGGAGCAUGAACACCUUGUCUUUCUGGUACCCAAAACCUGUAAACCUUAACCCGAUAUGGUGUUGAUCUACACACCCUCUCUAGUUACAUAAAUACACUUCAUACAUAUUACGUCUUGGACUUUCAUCCUGUGAAAUACUCACUAAUCAUUGUGUACGUUGUAGAUUGGGUUUGUGUAAUAACACAGAACAUGAGAAUCCCGUCAUCAUUCCGUUCAUUCCUGACAUGGCCUAUCUGACUUGGGAAUGUUGACUUCAUGGAAUGGUCAGUGAAUCUGUGUAUGUGUGUGUAUGUGUGUGUAUGUUUGUGUGUGUGUGUGCUCACUCACCAGCAACAACAGCCAAGACCAAGACGACAGCCCGCCUGCUGAUUCCACUGAGUGGGCGGAAUCAGCAGGCCGAUUCAGGAAGUGACAUAAUCAUGGAUGUCGUGUAUGACGUGUGCGCGUGGAAAUUUUUGUGUGCCAGAUUUCACGUGGUAUGCGUGAUGAGAAGUGUUUUAGUCUGCACUGAAGCUAACUGGCUAGUGCUAACGUGUGUUGCAUCAACGCUUAUUAGCAUGUUGACAUGUCGCUACCGUACUUUUUGUUGAAUUUAUUAAGUGAUGAGCAAAGACAACAACAUGGGCCGCUAACUUGUUGUCCGUGCUAAUGCUAACAGCAUACUAACCAACAUAAGGGAUGUUUAUGUUUAACACAUGAAUCUUUCUGCAUGUCCAAUCAAUAAAGGCUUCCUU